AAAGAAAUUUUGACAUAUGUACAAUUUCUUAUUUUGCAUCUUCAAUAGUUUCGAUGGGAUUCGUAAAGUUGUCUCUGUUAGAAGUAUAACGUUAUAAAUAUUUGAAUGAUUUAGAAUAGUAAUCUUUUUAGAAUAAGCUGUUUUUUUACAUUUUUUUUUUUUUUUUUUUAAUUAAAAAAGUGUUAUUGUGUUAUUGAACGUCGCGGUCAAUUCCGCCAUGUUUGUUCCAAUUCAAAGUGGACCAAUAGAAUCGGAAGUCUCGACAAGACUUCCAUCUCUAUAUACGGUUAACUAUUCAAUGGACAAACCAUAAGCAAACAUGGCAACGAGUAUCCGAAAAAUUCGGAGUUUUGUCAUUUGUGCUAUGUUUGGUUAGCUCUUCGAUUAUUAUUUGUUUGACAUUGCUGCGAUAUUUUCUUGUGUAAGACAGUAGAGCUACUUCAAAAUGGGGAAACGCCAGCAUCAGAAGGAUAAGAUGUACUUAACGUACACGGAGUGGUCGACGUUGUAUGGCGGGAGGAAAUCUGGAACAAAUCUGGAAACGAGUGAGGAGAAGACGUUCAGGCGAUUGCCGUACGAUCAUUGCUGCUUGUCUCUGCAGCCCUUCGAGCAUCCCUACUGUGACCUGCAUGGCAAUGUGUAUGAACUAGAAGCUAUUUUGCAGUAUAUAAAGCAAUACAGGCACAAUCCGAUAACGGGGAAACCACUGGACGCUAAAAGUCUAAUCAAAUUGAAUUUUUACAAGAAUCCGCAGGGUGAAUACCAAUGCCCUGUACUUUUUAAAUUGUUCACGAAACAUUCGCACAUUGUCGCCAUUAAAACCACGGGAAAUGUAUUCUCUCACGAGGCUGUUGAACAGUUGAAUAUAAAAACUGGGAAUUGGAAAGAUUUGAUAAACGAUCAACCAUUCACACGCAAGGAUAUUAUUACGAUUCAGGACCCGAAUAAUGCAAUGAAAUUUAAUCUGUCCACAUUCCAUCACAUUAAAAAUAACAUAAGAGUGGAAGAUGAAGAGACUGUGAGAGAAAGGAACAAUCCAAAUGCAAAAUUAAAAACCGUAUCGGCAGAGACUAAAGAGAUCCUGGCGGAAUUGGAGAGAGACUACAAGCCGUCGAAAAACGAAAAAGAUGAGGCAUCUAUACAGAAGGCUGACAAAUUUAACGCUGCGCACUAUUCCACCGGUGCGGUUGCUGCAGGAUUUACUUCGACAAUAAUGCCGGCAGAGACUACCCAUCAGGCGGCUGUAAUCGCAGAAGAUCUGGUACGUUACGAGAGGAUCAAGAAGAAAGGAUAUGUGAGAUUACUCACGAACUUCGGGGCUUUGAAUCUUGAACUCCACUGUGACUUGGUUCCGAAAACUUGCGAGAACUUCACGAAGCACUGCCAGAACGGUUAUUAUGACGGCACGAAGUUCCACAGGUCGAUACGGAAUUUUAUGAUCCAGGGCGGUGAUCCGACCAACACGGGCAACGGCGGCAAAUCUAUUUGGGGCAAACCAUUUGAGGACGAGUUCAAGCCGAAUCUGGUUCAUCAAGGCAGAGGCAUUUUGUCUAUGGCAAACUCAGGUCCAAACACCAACGGAUCCCAAUUUUUUAUUACGUUCCGAUCGUGCAGACAUCUCGAUCGUAAGCACGCAGUCUUCGGGAAGAUCGUCGGAGGCUUAGACACGUUGAACGUGAUGGAAAGAGUGGAGGUAGACAAUAAAGAUCGACCGAUAGAAGACAUAGUUAUCCAGGCGGUCCAGGUCUUCGUGGAUCCUUUUCAGGAAGCCGACGAUCAGCUCGCCGUGGAACGAGUCGCCGAAGCCGAACGAUUAGCCCAAGAAGCGAGUCAGAGUAAAUCGGCGGACAAAACGGAUAAAAACGACACCCAGAAGAUCUAUCGCUCGGGCAUAGGAAAAUAUGUGAAAUUGGAGCAGGAAAAAUUGGACAAAUGGGGCGGAAACGCGGAGCCUGCAAAAAAGAAGAAGGUCCCGUCGCAGUCGUACGGAGAUUUCUCCUCUUUCACCUUCUAAUGGAUUAUUAAAAUACUUAGAAUAACAAAUGUAUAUAGCACAUUUACAUAAUCUAGUUUACUAUAUAUAUAUAUAUAUGUAUCAUUUUUCUGACAGUUUGCUGUAUAUACGUAAAGCCUCUGGCAUUCCAAAGUCCUUAUUGAGGAGUUAAAAGACAAAAAUCGAAUAGUAUAUAACUCAUACAAAAUGAGGAACAUUGAUUAUUACAUAUAAUGUAAAUAUGUGAUUCCCCGAUUGUCGAAAAUAUAAUCCUUAAAAAAGCUUAAGAUAUA